CGUGUGUCGUAGUGCUGCCUAUAUAGUCCAGCCCUCCCACGCCGCUUAUCCCCUCCAAUUCACCCGAAAGUUGAUCGCGCCGCACCGGCGAACAGCGAACCCGGUUCAUCCCCUUCAAUCGCCUUUCCGCCAGUGCUACCCUUGGCGUCCAUCGCUCAAUGAACACAAACGAGCUUGAGGAUGUUCAAGUCCGGAUGGUCCGAUGACGAACCCAAUGAUGUUGAAGUACGCUCGAGGAUGUCUUACGAGGACGAUCGAGGGGUAGACUUCAUGCGGAGCUCAAAUCUACAGGAAGAAGGGGAAGAGUCUCAGGUGUACAUAGCUUUGUACGGGCGAUUGGAGAAGACCGAUACCGGCGCUGAGGGGUCGAAGCAAACGUCGGCGGGAAGGAAGCCAGGAAAACAAGACCAGAGUCGGGUCCCUCGUCGACGAUGUUCCGCGGAGAUCGACUGGACAGCGGGCCAACGAUCUCGAGCAAUGUUGACUCCGAGACAUCGUCUGGAGUUGGCUGACGCUGUACAGGCUUACGACACGGCCUACACGCAAUUCGCUCGGAUGUACCGCGCCAUGCACGAAACGCCACCAUAUCAAUAUCCGUUACCACACGCCACGGGUCUGGGCGGAUGGCGGUUCGUCCCCGAAAUCGAACACGUCCAUGUCGCCUACACCGCCAUGAUGCAAUCCUACGUCCGGCUUUGCGUGAUGGAGAGACAAUAUUGGGACGAGAAAUCCGUCUGCCUCGAGGUAGAUGGGCUGUACUCUGCGUACAGGACCUUCUUAGGAUCAGCCUUUCGGGGAGUCGCAGGUUGGCCAGUCGAUUUCGACGCCAGGCUGCCGACUAUGGAUGGGUACUAUGAGGGUUUGGAGAGACAAUACCGAUUGAAGGCGUACGGUGAGACGCUAGGACAGUGGCAAGAGGAGGAAGAGGAUGUGGAAGAGGUCUCGGAUUUCGAGGAUGCUCUUGCUUGCGCUAACGAGGAGGUUCCGACCGUUCGAGGGGAGACAACGAAGAAAACAGCUCGGAGGCCCAGCAACGCCAGGAGGAAAAGCUCGAGACGACUACUAGCAGGGGUACAAGAUGGUCAGCCGGGACGACGGCGUGCGAUGUGAGAAGUAUCGACAGGGAAGACUCUCGCGAAGAUCGGGCGGGCUGAAUUUGAACUAUGCAUUGAGGGAAUUACUGUCAUCGGAUUGCGGUCAUCAUGGGUUUUAAGAAU